GGGAUCGCCAGUUCACACCUGUGCUGCUGCUGCUGAAUCGCGGGAAGCGUGCGCGCGCUCCGUUUUACCAGAUACACAGAACAAGAAGCACAACUAAAAAAGGAUGAGCCUGGAGAAGGAAAGCACGGCACCUGCUGACCGCAGGCAGGCGGUCGCCCUCAUCGUCUUUGUGCUCGGUCUGGGAAUUAUGAUGCCGUGGAACUUCUUCACCACAGCCUCUCAGUAUUUUAAUGAGCGCCUCAGAGUUGUCAACGUCACCGGCGUGGCGACUAAAGACUACCAGUACGACAGCUGGAUGACGCUGCUCUCCCAGCUGCCGCUGCUCCUCUUCACCCUGCUCAACUCUUUCCUGCAUCAGUGGGUGAGCGAACGUAUCCGCGUGGUCGCGAGCAUGUGCGGCUUCUUCCUCCUUUUCUCCGUCACCGCCGCCCUGGUCACGGUCCCCAUGCAUCCGGACACCUUCUUCUCCGUCACCAUGGCGACCAUCUGGUUCAUCAACAUGUGCAGCGCGGUGCUGCAGGGCAGUUUGUUCGGGAUGGUCGGCAUGUUUCCUCAUCGCUACAGGACUCUGUUCAUGAGCGGUCAGGGCAUGGCCGGGAUAUUCUCCGCCAUCGCCAUGCUCUUCUCCAUCCUGAGUAACACAGGUAAAAGUUCGGCAGCGUUGGGAUACUUCAUCACUCCAUGUGUGGCCACUCUGGUGACUCUGCUCUGUUACCUGGUGCUGCCACACCUGGAGUUUGCUCGUUUCUACUUGAACAGGACUGGAGAACUGGAACUCCUCAGCAUCUCAGACAGAAAGAUCUUAAAUGACGUCAACCUCGAAGGCAAGUCACAGCAGAGUCGACUGUCCGUCCUGGCCGUGUUCAAGAAGAUCUGGCUGAUGGCGCUGUGUUUCACGUGCGUGUUUGCCGUCACACUGUCGGUGUUUCCCGUCAUCAUGGUGCGAGUGCACACCCUCUACAAGGGCAACGCUGCCUGGGACCGAGUCUUCACCUGUGUUUGCUGUUUCCUCCUGUUUAACUCCUUGGACUUUGUUGGACGCAGCACUCCGUCUCUCAUCCAGUGGCCGUCAAAGGACAGCUUUCUGUUUCCUGUCGCCGUGUUGGCUCGCAUUGUCUUCAUCCCUCUGAUCAUGAUGUGUAACAUCGAGAACUCCAGGUUUCUUGUCGUCUUCAGACAUGACGUUGCCUUCGUCACCAUCAUAGCCUUGUUCUCCUUCACCAAUGGUUACCUGGCAACCCUCUGCAUGGCCUACGCUCCACAGUUGUUGCGUUGUAGUCUGGACUGUGAGACCGCCGGAUCUCUGAUGACCUUCUUCCUGGUCCUGGGUCUGGCUCUGGGAGCAGCAUUCUCCUUCUUACUGGGAAACCUGGUUUGCCACCCUCUUUUAGCUCCACACGCUAUAAACAUGGCCGACACACACAGGCCGAGCAGGAAGAAAUGGAGUGUUCCACAGAGAGGUGUGGCUGAUGGAAGUAAAGAGGGCGUGGCCUCACCUGCACGAGAUCCUCAGCAGAAUUUGGUUGUUCCUUUCAGAGGUCACAUCACAGAUGGAAUGCGGCCGGGGAAGAAACUUGUCAUUGUGGGAAUUGUGGAUUCACAUCCUGACAGGUUCUACAUCGCCGUGACGUGUGGACGCGGGACGUCCAGGGAGCCUCCGCCGGAUGUGGCUCUGGAGGUCUGCGUUCGGUUCAGGGAUCGGCAGAUCCUGCGCAGGGCCUGCGUGUCCGGAUCCUGGGGAGACUUGGACCGAGCCGUCCCCUUUUUCCCCUUCAUCGAAGACCAGCCGUUCAAGAUCGAGAUUCACUGUGAACACAGCCGGUUUCGUGUGUUAGUGGACGGGCAGCAGAUGUUUGACUUUCACCACAGACUGACGUCGCUGAGCGACAUCGACACGUUGUGGAUCAAAGGAAGCGUCAGCGUCACUAAACUGGCCUGAAGAGCUGAGACGAACACGACUGUUUUUUUUAGUGUCUGAUCUGGGACCAGCCAAUGAACUACUGUCCUGUAUAUAUUUUGUAGCCCUUUCAAAAUAAAAUGUACAGUUAUU